GAAGAAUUAAUUCUGUAGCGUCUUCAGAUUUAGUAGAACUCUCGUAACAACCAUAAGUCAUAACCACGACUCUGGGAGUAUCUUUAAGCGGCUUCAAGGCAACCAGUGUCCUUCUACAAGGAUAACAGUGCAGGUGUGUCAGUGGGAGUGAUGAAACGUGGGAAACUCCUCUGACAUUCUCAGAAAGGAUACUUCCAGCUUCCCAGCCUCCAGUCUGAAUCCGACAUGAAGAAGUGGUUUUUCCUGGCUUUGGAAUGUCUCUUUCUGCAAUUAUGUCACCAGUCCUUCCUGCAGAAGAGACGCUGUGCUUUCCAAGUGACAAACAUAAAGAACCACGGCUACUCUGCAGCUGGGAAUGUUACUGGCUCCGUGCAGCUCUGUGAAAACACCGGCUGCUGUUUGGCCAUUUAUCGAAUCACAAAUGGCCAGCUGAAGGUCGACACGCUCGCGUGCGACAGGGUAAAAAUGCUUUGCCCGCAUGAAACCUGCAAGGCACAACCACCCUUCAUAGAUAACUUCGUUACAUGUACAUGCAGUACAGACCUAUGCAACAGAAACAUCUCGUUGAGUCCAGAACCAGAACAGCCUCCAGAAACCCACCACCAUUCAGCAGUUGAAAUCACACAAGCAGUGGUGGUGGUGUUGAUUCUGUUCCUCACCGUUCUCAUUGUUAUUGCUGUCAAGUGGAGAAAACUCUGCAAGGAAAAAACCAAAAUGAAGAUCCAAAUUGAAGAGGAGUAUCUGCAGUCGACCUGUCAGGACUAUAAUAUCCAACAAACGUGUUCCUGUCAAAUAAAAGCUUCAGAGAACCAGAUUACAGACAUUGAACUGCAGGGGGUUCUUGGACAGGGGCAUUUUGCAACUGUUUAUCAAGGGAAGCAAAGGGGAAGUGUGGUGGCUGUGAAAGUGUACACUGCAAACGGGAAGCAUCAAUUUAUGAAUGAAAAGGAGGUUUAUGAGCUUCCACUGAUGAAGCAUGAGAGGAUUCUCCAGUUUCUAGGCACGGAGAGGAAACCAGACAAUAGCAGCCUGCUUAUUGUGCUCCAGUACGCUGAACAUGGUUCUCUUCAUUCCUUUCUGUGUAAACACGCCAGCAGCUGGAUGCUGACCAUGAGGCUGUGCCAGUCCUUGUCGGAGGGACUUUCCUACCUCCACUCUGACCUCCGCAGCAAUGAUGUGCACAAACCUCCCGUUGCCCACAGAGACCUCAGCAGCUCCAACGUGCUGGUCAGAGCAGACGGGACUUGUGUCUUGUGCGAUUUUGGAUCCUCCACAAUCCUGCGUUCUUGUUCAGAACAUCGCUUCUGGAGGAACCUCUCCACAACCACGACGGGUCAUCUUCAGUUUUGCACACUCAACUACAUGUCCCCUGAGAUCCUGGAGGGCUCUGUGAACCUCAGCAGCAGCUCAUUUCUCCUGCAGGGCGACAUCUAUGCCUUAGGUCUGAUUUUGUGGGAGAUAGGGAUGCGCUGCUCUGAUUUGUUUACAGGGGGCGCUGUUCCAGAGCAUCUCCUGCCUUAUGAACUGGAGCUGGAUGCCAAUGUAACACUGGAGAGGCUCAUCCUGUUUGUGUCUGAGAUGGACAGGAGACCCUCCAUUCCUGGAAACUGGGAGAUGUUACCACAGGGAUCUGGGCUGAAGGAGCUGCUGUCAGACUGCUGGGACCGAGACACAGACGCUCGGCUGUCAGCUCCGUGCGUCGUAGACAGAUUAAUGUCUCUGUAACCUUCUAAAUUGUUCCUUUUUUUCAUGUUGAUACAUUUAUGGAUAUAAAGAUAAUAGUUCUCGUUUUGUCUCACUGCUUUUUGUUGAAGUUUCUAAUAUUUAGCAUAGCAACAGUUCACAUGAUCGCAUAAGCUUUCAAUAAAGACGUUUUUGA